GCCUCGCGGGAGAAGACCGGCUACGAUGGAGCGAGCGCGCGCCGGACUCACACCUGGUGUUAUCCUGAUCCUCUCCUUUAUUUCGCUCCUGUCGUGGAGCUGCAUAGCCGCUAAUGGAGAAGGUGGUGGUGAGGGCAGCAUUAAUGUUUCACCUCAAUGCGAUAGAAAGAAUUGCACCAGUGUUCAGGGUUUUCCCUGUAAGAAUGGCACCAUCACAUUUGCACUGAAUCAGUGCAUUACGGAGGAACACGAAGACUGCGAGGUUGGAAUUUAUGAUAAGGACUGUGAUAAACUUCUUGAUAAGACUGAUCUUUCAAGACUGUUGAAACAUCAGAAUGUGACCCUCAACUUCUGUCCUUCUGAAUUUUGCCUGAAGUUGCAGUGCACCGACAAAAAGAACGACCUGGUGUUCUGUUUCAGAGGGAUCAAUGACACCAGUCCUGACUCCCAAUCACAGAUGAGCAAUGGUGCAUAUGAACUUUGGCUGAUUCCUCUGGCUGUAGGAGUGGUCUUCCUCGGGAUCGUUGUGUGUUUCGUUGUGUGGCUUGUGAAGAAGUUUAGGUCCCAGAAAGGCAAAAAGCAAAGUGUAGCGUUCUCUGAAGUGAACCAAGAAGAUGAGCAAGGUGAGCAUAGUUUUAAAAUGUAUUUGUUUUAUUUUCGAGAUGCGUAGCUACUUAAAUGUGUUUUCUGUAUAUAAUAAUAAUAAUAAUAAUAAUAAUAAUAAUAAUAAUAAAAAACUUUGUACAGAGGGGAAAAUAAUUGUGUUUUUUUCUUUAAUUGUCCAAAGUUUGACGAAGUUCCUACUGGAAUGGAUUGACCAUCACUGCUUCUCUCCCUCAUUCCUCCUUUCCUGUUUUCUUGUGCUGAAUAUUCUCAGUGUAGAAACUCAUCCACCUGUUAGUAGCUCCACUUUCCUGGUGUACAGUUAGACACUGUAGCUCAUCUGUUGAUGUAGUUUGUGUUGGUCAUUCAUUAGACCUUCUUAUUGGUCAGUUGGGGUCCCC